AUCCCAAAAUAGAAAAGAUCCCAAAGACUGCUUUCUCUUCCCUCAAGACGUAAACCAAUCGCCUGCCUACUUGCAAUUUCUCCAUCUCUGUUUCUCUCAAAAAUCAUCUUUCUCACGAACCCCGUCAAGAUUUACAACAUGAAGUUUGGUUUCAGACUCUUAAUUCAAAGAACCGUAUUGGGUUUCACCAAAUCCCCAAAUCCAAAUCAAAAUCGCAAUCUCCACAUCUCUGCGUCUCGAAUUUUAGGUCUUCGAUGUGCAAUCAAUCAAACCCAUAAACCCUGUCAAAAUUGGGGCCGAUUUAGAAGUUUUCCGGUCACAUACUAUAGUUACAACAAACCCAAUUACGUUGCCGAUUAUUCAACGACUUUAGAGUCCCGUGUGAAUGAAAAGAAUUUCGAAAGUAUAUACGUACAAGGUGGUGGUGAUUUGGGUAAAACUGUAGGGGAAGAAUUAAGGUUAAAGGGUAUUGUAGGAAGUGAAAAAAUUGAAUCUUGUGAGGAGGGUGUUGGUAGGGUGGAAACAGUGGCGGAGAAAGAGGCGUGGCGGUUGUUGAGGGAGGCGGUGGUGACUUACUGUGGGAGUCCUGUGGGGACUCUGGCGGCGAAUGAUCCCGGAGAUAAGAUGCCGUUGAAUUAUGAUCAAGUUUUUAUUCGAGAUUUUGUGCCGUCGGCUUUGGCGUUUUUGUUGAAGGGGGAAGGGGAGAUUGUUAGGAAUUUUCUUCUGCAUACUUUGCAGUUGCAGAGUUGGGAGAAAACCGUUGACUGCUACAGUCCAGGACAGGGGCUAAUGCCUGCAAGUUUCAAAAUAAGAACCGUGCCCCUUGAUGAUACAAAAGUAGAAGAGGUUUUAGACCCAGAUUUUGGAGAAUCGGCUAUAGGCCGUGUUGCACCAGUUGACUCUGGAUUAUGGUGGAUUAUCAUGUUGAGAGCUUAUACCAAGAUCACUGGUGAUUUCGCAAUGCAAGAAAGGGUCGAUGUUCAAACGGGCAUUAAACUUAUUUUAAACUUGUGCUUAUCUGAUGGGUUCGAUAUGUUCCCUUCUCUUUUAGUCACCGAUGGCUCGUGUAUGAUUGAUAGAAGAAUGGGUAUCCAUGGCCACCCUUUGGAAAUCCAAUCGUUAUUUUACUCGGCUUUAAGGUGUGCUCGUGAGAUGCUUGCAUUCGACGAAGGCUCCAAGAAUUUAGUGAGGACAAUCAACAAUAGACUUAGUGCGUUAUCUUUUCAUAUCAGGGAAUAUUAUUGGAUUGAUAUGAAGAAAAUUAACGAAAUUUAUCGAUAUAAAACCGAAGAGUAUUCAACAGAGGCAACAAACAAAUUCAACAUUUACCCAGAACAGAUUCCUCAUUGGUUAAUGGAUUGGAUUCCGGAAGGAGGAGGUUAUAUGAUUGGAAAUCUUCAGCCCGCACAUAUGGAUUUCAGGUUUUUUACGCUCGGUAAUGUAUGGUCGAUUGUUUCUUCUUUGAGCACUCCGAAACAAAGCAAUUCAAUGUUAAAUCUGAUAGAAUCUAAAUGGGAUGAUCUUGUGGGCCAUAUGCCUCUUAAGAUCGUCUACCCUGCUUUGGAGUUAGAAGAGUGGCGCAUAAUCACUGGUAGUGACCCGAAGAACACACCAUGGUCUUAUCACAAUGGUGGUUCAUGGCCAACCCUUCUAUGGCAGUUUACAUUAGCUUGCAUCAAGAUGGGAAGAACAGAAUUAGCAAGAAAGGCAGUCGAAGUUGCCGAAACUCGACUACAUGCUGAUCACUGGCCUGAAUAUUACGACACUAGAAGCGGGAGAUUCAUAGGGAAACAAUCUAGACUUUACCAAACAUGGACAAUUGCUGGAUUUUUGACAUCCAAAAUGCUCUUGGAAAACCCUGAAAAAGCGUCGCUUUUAUUUUGGGAAGAAGACUACGAUCUUCUAGAAAUAUGUGUUUGUGGUUUGAGCAAAACUGGCAGGAAGCUAUGUCGUCGUGGGGCUGCCAAAUCGCAGAUUCUCGUGUGAUGAUUUCAGCGGUAGUUGUGUACAGUAAAUAUACCAUAUCAAAACUGCAGGAAGUUACAGAUAGCAGCAGUAUAAAGAAAAUCAAAAUACGGCUGUUCUUUUACUCUCUUUUUUUCUGGAGGGGGUCUGAGAUUAUUUAUACGCAAUAUUGUUUUGUUGUUCGAUCAAGUUGAUCGAGUAAUAUGAAUCAUAAUAUGAACCACAUGCGACUAACUUGUUUGGUACACGAUUUGGUUUACGAUUGUACUUGUUGCUCUGUAAGUUACUGUUAAUUAAAAAUUUCUGAGUCAUC